AUGCCUUCCUUUACUCAUAUCCUUUUCUUUUUACGAUUUUCUCAGUCUCGCGCCGUUGGGGGGAGGGAAAAGAAACCGGCAUAUAGUUUCAGGAGCUCUGACCGCAUGGGGAAUGUGAGGGCGCCCGUUAAACUCCACAGCACGAGGGUAUCAAAUACGGCGAGGGUUUCCUCACCGGAAAACCCCGUGCAUUUCAUCUUUUUGCACGGAUUUCUGAGUCAUGGAGGUUCGCUUAUGUCGCUUGCCCGACGGCUGCAUGAAUGUUUAGCAACGGAACGCAUGGCGGCUUCGGUGGAGGCCAUCGUUGUGGACAGUCGAAAUCAUGGCAGAUCACCGCACACCUCAACUCACACACUUGAAGAUAUGGUGGCUGAUUUGCGUGAAUGGCUGCAUUGGCACGGAUAUGUUGUGGCGGGGAAGCGGGCUGAGGGUAAUUUAAUGACACCAAGGAUUAUAGCCGUUGGUCACAGCAUGGGUACCUUGACGUGGGCAAAAUACCUUUUGGAUCAUCGCCAUGGAGAUGUGCACCGGGCGCCCGUUGCCGGUUUUGUCAGCCUGGACAUGCCGCCCCUCACUAAAUCCUUAUUCCCGUCGUCACUUCGUAAUUUGUUACAUGAAUAUAUUGAUUAUAUGAGGAGGGUGCGUCUCUCGGCAAUAACGGACAUGCGCAGUGCUCAUGAGGAAUUCAAUCGGUGUGGCAUUCGGGACAGAAGGCUGCAGGGGUUUCUCACAACUAACUUACAAAUUAUUCGUAAAAGCGGUGGUGCGCCACCUGAUGUAUCGUGGAGGUGCAACCUUCCCGUAUUGGAUGAAAACUUACGCAACGGAUCCAUUUUCUUAACUGACGCUGAUGCGAGGGUUUGUGCACGGGGGGAAAUUGAUGUUCCUAUUCUUUCCAUAUUAGGGGCCGAGUCUGAAGUGGGAAGGCACAAACGCCUCCAGGGCCUAUGGAAAGGCUGUAGUAUUGCAACAACGGAAGAACACAUAUUACCGAAAGCAGGUCAUAAUGUUUUUUAUGAUGAUUUGAGUGGCACAACCUCCCUUAUAGCUGGGUUUGCUAGGCGAUUGGAGACACUGCAAACUUCCUAG